GCAGGAAGCGUUCUCCAACACAUCUACGGAGAGCCUCGAGCCCUGACGCAGCCAAACAAGCGCGCGCGGAGGGCGGACAUUGGGACUAAACCGAGGUUUAAUCUCGACCGCGUCCUCGCGCCGGAGGGGCUCGCGCGACUCCCCCCGUAGUGAGUCAACGGUCGUCUGGCAGAUGGAGAAGCAGGCCGAAGCUGGCGGGGCGGCGGACGGAGCAGGGCCGAACAGAAAGCUGUGGGGCUCGCCCACAGGCGGAGCACCGUCCGGGGACUCCCUGGACAGUCCAACAGGCUCUCAUGUGGAUUGGUGUAAACAGCUGAUCGCGGCCACCAUCUCCAGUCAGAUCUCAGGUCCACCGGACAUCGACAAGCAAGAUGCACAUGAUGAAGGGCUUUGUUACCAUGGAGAUAGGGAAUCUGAGCAUCCUUCCCAUGCUUCGAUCCUUCUUCCAGCCUCGAGGUACGGGUCGCAGGCCACGAUGUUCCAGAACCAGGUUCCUCUGCUCCCGGGAGAGACGGUCCAGACCACCGUCGUGGAUGUGAUGUACAUUUGUCCGUUCAGCGGUCUGGUGAAUGGAACUCUGACCAUCACCGACUACAAGCUCCACUUCACCAGCGUGGAGCGGGAGUCUCCGUUCGUCCUGGACGUGAACCUCGGGGUCAUCAGCAGACUGGAGGCCAUCAGUGUCCCCAACCAGGGCAAGAACACCAAGGGCCUGGAGCUGGUCUGCAAGGACAUGAGGAGUCCCAGAUUCGCCUACAAGGUGGAGGAGGGCCACCCGGACGUGGUGGAGCUGCUGGCCAAGCACACCUUCCCCCUCUCCCACAGCCUGCCGCUGUUCGCCUUCCGGUACAAGGAGCAGUUCCCCGUGGACGGCUGGAAGGUGUACGACCCGACGGCAGAGUACAGGCGCCUGGGCCUCCCCAACGAGAGCUGGGCCAUCAGUAAGAUGAACAGCUCCUACGAGCUGUGUGACACAUACCCCUCCAUCCUGGUCAUCCCCACUCACAUCGCGGAGGAAGACGUCAGAAGGGUGGCGCUGUUCAGAGCCAAGCACCGCAUCCCGAUCCUGUCCUGGAUCCACCCGGAGACGCAGGCCGCCAUCGUGCGCUGCAGCCAGCCGCUCGUCGGCCCGUCGGACCGCCGCUGCAAAGAGGACGAGCGCUUCCUCCAAAUCAUCAUGGACGCCAACGCCCAGUCCCACAAGCUCACCAUCUUCGACGCCCGGCAGAGCAGCGUGGCCGACACCAACAAGGCGAAGGACGGCGGCUACGAGAGCGAGAGCUUCUACCCGAACGUGGAGCUGAACUUCCUGGAGAUCCCCAACAUCCACGUGAUGCGCGAGUCCCUGAGGAAGAUGAAGGACGUGGUCUACCCCACCAUCGACGAGGCCCGCUGGCACUCUGCCAUCGACCAGACGCACUGGCUGGAGUACAUCCGGCUGUUAUUAGCAGGAGCUGCGAAGAUAGCCGACAAGCUGGAGUCGGGGAAGACGUCGGUGGUGGUGCACUGCAGUGACGGCUGGGACCGCACGGCCCAGCUCACCUCGCUGGCCAUGCUGAUGCUGGACAGCCACUACCGCACGCUCAGGGGCUUCCAGGUCCUGGUGGAGAAGGAAUGGGUCAGCUUUGGACACAAGUUUGCCGCCCGCGUCGGUCACGGAGACGAGAACCACGCCAACUCUGAGCGCUCGCCGCUCUUCGUCCAGUUCAUCGACUGCGUCUGGCAGAUGACCCGACAGUUCCCAGCAGCCUUUGAGUUCAACGAGCUGCUGCUGGUCACCGUGCUGGACCACCUGUACAGCUGCCUGUUCGGCACCUUCCUGUACAGCAGCGAGCAAGAGCGGGCGGAGCAGGAGGUGCAGACCGCCACCGUGUCGCUGUGGUCCUACGUCAACAGCCAGCCCGAUGACUUCACCAACCCCUUCUACGUGGACUACGAGCACCACGUCCUGUGUCCGCUGGUCUCCUCCAGACACCUGGAGCUGUGGACCGGUUACUACGCCCGCUGGAACCCGCGCAUGAGGCCUCAGGUGCCGGUCCACCAGACCCUGAAGGAGCUGCUGUUCUUGAGGGCGGAGCUCCAGAGGAGGGUGGAGGACCUGCAGAGGGAGGCCACCUCUCGCUCCUCCUUCUCCGAACACUCUCCAUCACACACCGCGGGAACCCCUCUGCACUCCGUUGUCUGACACACACACAUACAGGACUAUCUCAGAAAAUUAGAAUAUUGUGAUGAAGUUCUUUAUUUUCUGUAAUGCAAUUAAAAAAACAAAUGUCAUGCAUUCUGGAUUCAUUACAAAUCAACUGAAAUAUUGCAAGCCUUUUAUUCUGAUUUAUUGCUGAUUAUGGCUUACAGCUUAAGAAAACUCAAAUAUCCUAUCUCUAAAUAUUAGAAUAUCAUGAAAAAGUAUACUAGUAGGGUAUUAAACAAAUCACUUGAAUUGUCUAAUUAACUCGAAACACCUGCAAGGGUUUCCUGAGCCUUGACAAACACUCAGCUGUUAUAAAUCCUUUUUUUUACUUGGUCUGAGGAAAUAUUAAAAUUUUAUGAGAUAGGAUUUUAGAGUUUUCUUAAGCUGUAAGCCAUAAUCAGCAAUAUUAAAAGAAUAAAAGGCUUGCAAUAUUUCAGUUGAUUUGUAAUGAAUCCAGAAUGCAUGACAUUUUUGUUUUUUUAAUUGCAUUACAGAAAAUAAAGAACUUUAUCACAAUAUUCUAAUUUUCUGAGACAGUCCUGUACAUGCACACACAUACAUGCACAUGCACACACAGUAUGAAGGCAGGUUUCCGCCCGGUUACGACGAAUACUGACGUUUACAAUGAGAAGGAGGCUUUUACAAAGAGAUUUUUUUUAUUUUAUAAUAACAUUCUUAAUAAAAACACUUAUCAAAGUCAAAUGACCUCCUGGAGUUUAAAGAUUAAAAAUAAUUUAAAGGAAGUAUUAUGUGAGACAACAGGGAACCAAACAUAUGAUGUGUGGCAACAGGUACAGAUGUUUGUGUUUGGAUGGUUGUUGCAGCCGCUUCAUAAAUAUAUUAUAUAUAUGAGCCACUGAAUACAAUUGUUUAUCAAACAACAAUGGUCUUUCUUUGUGCUCUGAUAAACACAAACACAAACACAUCUCACUCCGGGCCGCGGGACUCUCAAAUGUUUCUGGGAGAACAUCAAUGUGUAGUAACGCGCCGCUGCUUCUUAUUCAUAUUGGAACUAAAACUAUUCUCCAAAUUCCAAAAGACCAGCGUCCCCGACCCUGUGGGACUCUUACCGUCCAAUGAAGAAAGGCUUCUCUUUGUCUCGGGCCACCCCUCCUUUGUCUCAGGUCACGCCUCCUUGUCCUUCACGGUGUCUGUGAUCUUGACUCCAGUCAGGGGUGGAAUAAAAUAUACAAAAAUAAUAUUUAUUUUUUGGACCGGGGAUCUCCAGAAGCCAGAAUGAGGAUCUUGAUGUUGUCGUCCCUGCUGCAUGUUUUCCUUGUUUCUAUUUAAAAAUAGCCUCUUUUUAAAAAUGUAUUCUUUCCAUGUGCCAACUGUGUCCCUGAUGCCCCGCCCCCAACACUGUCUAGUUUUGACCAUCGUUAGUAUUUCUCAUCAGUGUUUCUCACAAAUGAGCCGAACUCCAGAUGUGUAAGCGGCUCUCGCUCGUUAGAAAUAAGCACAACAUGACGUAUGAGUUGUUUAUUUUAUAACGUGUAGUUAUUAUGAUAUUUAACAUAUUAACACACUGUCUACCUGUGGCAUGCGCUCAUGCACAUCUUUUGUUUUUGUUUGUGUCUGAAUAUGAGAAGUUAAACCUCCGUCACGAGCCGUAAUCACUUCUGACAUUCCAUUAAAAAGAACAAAAGGGAAGAAUUCCAAACUUCA